CUGAAUGAAAAGGGGCUGCAAGCUUUAAAGAACUCAUAAAGGACUUUAAUACAGUCCUGCAGGCAGUGUCAGAUUUAAAGGACUGUAAUACAGUGUUGUAGGUAGUAUCAGCUGAACAUGGUGCAAUGGUCUUGCAUUGGUCUGAGCCUGCUGAUUACAUGUGCCUCAGCAGCCUCCUCUGUGGGCAGUGCCCAGCAUCGUGGGGCAGAUGGCAGUCGGAGGCGGAUGCAUCGGGUGCAGCACGGGCAGUGCAGUUACACCUUCGUGCUGCCCGAACUGGACAACUGCAGGGGGGCGCAGGACCAGUAUGGCAGCAGCAACGCCCUGCAGAGGGAUGCACCCUCUGCAGAGAACCCACUGCACAAGCUGCAGCACCUGGAGCAUGCCAUGGAGAACAACACGCAGUGGCUGCAGAAGUUGGAGAACUACAUCCAAGAGAAUAUCAAAACGGAGAUGGUGCAGAUCCAGGCGACUGCGGUGCAGAAUCAGACAGCUACCAUGCUGGAGAUUGGCACAAACCUGCUGACACAAACCGCAGAGCAGACACGCAAGCUCACAGACGUGGAGGCACAGGUUAUGAACCAGACCUCUAGGAUUGAAAUCCAACUGCUGGAGAACUCGCUGUCUACAAACAAACUGGAGAAACAACUUUUGAUGCAGAUCAAUGAUCUUUCUAGACUCCACGACAAAAACAGCGUUUUGGAAAACAAAGUCUUGGAGAUGGAGUCAAAACACCGGUCAGAACUAGAGGGUAUAAAAACAGAGAAGGAGAAGCUGGGCCAACUCGUGACUCGCCAGAUGAACACCAUCGAGAGCUUGGAGAAACAACUGCACUUCGCCAGCAGCAACAACAGUGUCCUUCAAAAACAACAACUGCAGCUCAUGGACUCGGUGCACGCCCUCGUCAGCCUGGUCUCGCAGGGGAGAGAAUUUCCAAAGAAGGACGAGAGGACUUUCCGAGACUGUGCAGAGGUUUAUAAAGCUGGCCUCAACGUCAGUGGGGUCUAUACGGUACAGAUCAGCAAUGCCACUGAGCCAACCAAGGUUUUCUGUGACAUGGACACCAGUGGCGGGGGAUGGACUGUGUUUCAACGUAGAGUCAACGGCAGUGUGGAUUUCCAGCGCACCUGGAGAGAAUAUAAAGGGGGUUUUGGCGAUCCCUCCGGUGAACACUGGUUGGGCAAUGAGGCUGUUUAUCUGCUUACAAACCAAGCCUCGUACUCAUUACGGCUCGAACUGAAGGACUGGGAGGGAAACCAUCGCUACUCGCAGUACGAGAGGUUUCAGCUUGGGAGCGAGAAGCAGCAUUACAGGCUGUUUCUGAAAGGGUACAGUGGCACCCCCAGCCAGCAGAGCAGCCUCGUCCUCCAGGGCACCAGCUUCAGCACCAGGGACUCCGACAACGACAACUGCCUCUGCAAGUGUGCGCUCAUGUUAACAGGGGGUUGGUGGUUCGAUGCCUGUGGGCUCUCAAACCUGAAUGGCAUGUACUACCCUGCCGGGCACAACAUAAGGAAACUAAACGGCAUCAAGUGGCACCACUUCAGGGGCCCAAGCUAUUCCCUGCGAGCAACCACCAUGAUGAUCCGGCCCUUGGAUUUCUGAUUGCAGUCGAGAAGCUAUCACACUGCAGCUGCUGUGCUGAACUCCAUGUGCAGAGGCUGGCAUUGAUCAGGGUGCAGCACCUCCAGCAGCAGCAGCACCAAUGACUGCCUUGUCCGGGAACAGGAAACAGUUUUUUUUUUUGUUUAAAGUGUCAUUUUUUUUUUUUUUUUGUGUGUGUUAUGGAACAGAAAGCAGACCUGCUAUACAUUGCUCGCAGUUUGUCAGAGUAGCACCUCGUAAACCUUAGUCAAGCAGUAAAAUGUGUUGUCGACAGACUUGCGUUCUUCUGAUCGUUGUGUGAAUAAUCCCAGACAUGGCCACAGACUGUUUGUUUUAACUUGAGCUACUAACAUGAUGGAUUGAUGGGGGCUGUAACAGUUCUAUUUGUAAAUUCCCAUUCUGCAAAACUGUACUCUAUUGCUUGUAGUGCUCCAUAUAUAUAUAUAUAU